AAAAAACGUCGGCAAGAAGCUUCUCCUGGAACUGGUCAACAACCCCAACUCUGUCCACAUUAGGUCGACCGACUCCUGUCCAGUCACAGCGAUCCGUCUCCUGUCCAUCUUCAGCUUGUCUUGCUAUCCUCUCUCUAACCGGUCACUGAUCUGCUCUUCAGCAUGAUCCAACAUCUUUUUGAGAAAGGAUCGCCCAAAACGUGGACCGAACCGGCCGUCGAUGCCCGCUCCGGGCCUUCGUUCGUGUUCUUCGUCCAGUCGUUCGAACUCCCCCGUCCAGUCGUCCACUCGCGACGCGACGGCCGAAGACACAGGUCGUUGCUUGGCGACCGUGACCUGCUUAUGUUGCAAACCUUUGCCUGCGGCGUCCUGGUUCGAUCUGGCCUUGUUGCUCUAUCCCUUCCCACCAGGCUCUCCGUACUUCACCACUGCCAAGGCGGUGCGAAGGCCGUUGAACGAGCAGGAGGGAGCGGAUUGAUGAUCUGGAUGUUCUUGGAUGACCUUGACACAUCUUGGCACCAGGAGGAACAAGAUGACAUGGAGCUGCGCCAGGCAACCCACACCCGGACCACGACCUCCUUCGAUGUCGUUGAGACUCACCUGGAUUCCAGCUACAGCAUUUGGGAGCGCCACUUAGGGGUGCCCCACCCUUGGAUCACCUAUGCCUUCCCCGCCUGGUGGAGCAUGGUGGUGGCACCCGCCUUGUUGCUGGCGGUGGCGGUGGCGGCCUUUCAUCAUAGCAAUGCCUUGCUCUUCUCCCAGGCCCUGGCCUUCUCAGAUCUCAGUUGGUUGCCGACCACGGCGAUGUCUGCUUGGCCCUACCACUGGUGCAUCAUCAAGGCCGUUUGCGCCGGCAUCACCGACGCCUUCCACGGGCUCUUCGUGGAGGCACCGCUGCGGAUCCUGACGGCGCCGAGGCAGACUUGGAAUAGCUUCUGGGGCUUCGCUGACACCAGCAGUGACUUCCUGAACCUCUUUGCAGUAGAUCAUCCCCACGGCGAGCUGGUGGCCGGGCAGUUCGAAGGGAACUUCCGGAUCUUCCGCUCCACGGUGCUCCUCUUGCGCUUGAUCCUCACGAUGCUCUUCGCCUGCCUACGGCUCACGGCGGUGAUCGCACGUACGCCCGACGAGCGCGAGGAGAGCGAGAGCGACAGCGCCUGGGAGGAGGUCGAAGAGGAGUUCUGUGGUGCUUAAUCGAAGUGAGCGACGGAGAGUGUGCCGAGAGCGAUUUGGAACUGACGACGAAUGAAGCUACC